AUGAGAGGUGAAUUCAAUGGCCUUAAAACAAAGAUUUUGAGAGAACAACCUUGUGCAUUUUAUGUUCAUUGCUUUGCUCAUCAACUUCAACUAGCUCUUGAUGUCGAGGCAAAGAAAAAUAUUGAUGUUGCUUCUUUUUUCACAACGGCUAAUAGUUUGGUUAAUAUUGUUGGAGCAUCUUGUAAACGUCGUGAUGCACUUAGAGUACAAUACCAAGAUGAGCUUGUAAAAGCUUUUGAUGAAGGUUGUCUUAUAACGGGGCGAGGCUUGAAUCAAGAUACUACUCUCAAAUGUGCAGGAAUAACAAAUACUUUGUCUCAGGCAUUGCAAAAGAAAGAUCAAGACAUUGUGAAUGCAAUGGGUUUAGUUCAAACAUGCAAGGAAAACCUACAAUUGAUGAGGAAUAAUGAGUUUGAUGAAUUGGUUGAUCAAGCAUCUCCGUUUUGUAACAAACAUCAUAUUAUGGUUCCUAACAUGGAUAAGGAAUAUGUAAUUCCUUGGAGGUCAUGGCUUAAUGUUCAAAUCAAGAUAAACAAUCAUCAUUAUCGUGUGAAGCUCUUUCUUCAUAUCAUUGAUGGACAACUUGCGGAAUUAAAUGAUUGUUUCAAUGAGGUAAAUAUUGAGUUGCUUACUUUUGCAACUGCUUCAGUGGAGAGAGCAUUUUCAGCCAUGAAUAUUAUCAAAAAUCCACUUCGCAAUAGAAUGGGAGAUCAAUGGUUGAACGAUAGCUUGGUUGUUUACAUUGAAAGAGAUGUUUUUGCUUGUAUUGAUAACGAAGCUAUAAUGCAACGUUUUCAAAACAUGAAAACUUGUCGUGGACAAUUGUAG